GCCGCUAGUGCUACAUUCCAGCUGGCCUACCUAGAGCCAGACUCCCAUCCUUCGCGUAUACUAGAAUCUUGUCAUCCUCUUGCCUUUCUUUUUGCGAAUUUGCCACAACACUCCUUCCACUCAUCCGAACUUGCGUUAUCUCCGCUGUAAUUGGAAUACCCCUUCACUUCUCGAUUAUCUGUACCAGUCGGUAAUACCUCUACCGUUGUUAACUUUGGAACACUGAUAUCCCGGGGACUGCGUCUCCUUGUACCACCUCUCGCACCAUCAUGCAAGCUAAUGACGAUCGUUCUGUCCGUCGUCCUGUCAGACAGGAUACUUACGACCUUCGCGACCAAAUCGCCACAGACGAGCAUUCCCACCACUCUCACGACAUGGGCUACCCUUCGGACGAAGAACAUUCCGUACUGGAGGACGACUCUGACGGGGAGAACGGAGAUGACUACAUGGAUGAAGACGACGGCUCCUCUUCACUGUCUAUCCCGAACGAGUCUAUCGACUUUGACCUGGUCUACGCCCUUCAUAGCUUUGCGGCGACCGUGGAAGGCCAAGCCAAUGUCGUUAAAGGGGACAGUCUGUUCCUGAUGGACGACAGUAACAGCUACUGGUGGCUUGUGCGCGUUCUCAAAACCCAAGAAGUGGGAUAUAUUCCCGCCGAAAACAUCGAGACGCCGUUCGAACGCCUGGCUCGUCUCAACAAGCAUCGCAAUGUUGAUUUGGCAUCAGCAACGCAAGCGGAACUUGCAGAGACUCGCGAUAGACUGCUUUCGUCGCGUACCGGUUCAAAUCAUGCGUCGCCCUCCCCAACCCCCGGUGGGAGCCGCGGGGGCCUACGUGGUCGUUCUCACUCGAUCCGUAGCGUCAUCUUUACUGCCAACAUGAACGUACAUCGGUAUCCCCCCGCUGUCUGGGGUGAUGACGAGGAAGAAGAUGACGAGGACAUUGAGUGGGAUGACGAAGAUUACUCGGAUAUAGACCCCGAUCUCGCCGAAGAGCUAGCUCUGGAAGAGCGUGAGAAGGCCGGAGGUGUUGACGCGGAGUUGCCCCCUGGGAUGGAGCCGGACGACGGUAUCAGCUGGGAGGAGGGCACUGUAGAAAGCAUGCGCACCGAGCAGCAGAAGUCACAAGACCAAGUGGUGGUCACAUCUUCCGCCCCCGACGGUGGUCUUGAGCAGCAGCAACAAGACGCGAUUCGCAAGCAGGAGAUGAUUCAGCAGCGUUUGCAGCAGGAGCAACAACGUACCAUCUCUCCAGCCGCUCAGCAGCCGUUGGCUGUCCCUACCUCGACUUCCCAGGAGCAGUCUGCGGUUAGCCAGACUGAUGUGGCCUCCAGUUCUCCAACAUCCUCUGUAUCGAAGGUCAUGGACCCUGCUGCAGUCACUGAGACACGCAAGGUCUCUAUCACUCCGGCUGUGGCCAGGUCCGUUGAUGAAUUUCAACCCAGUGGGCCUUUGCUCCCCAGCGAGGUCGUGCGGCAACGACCAGAAGAGCGCAAGCGUACACGCGAGGAGAUCGAGGCGCUCGAACAGGAUCAGCGCAAGAAGGCGAAUAAAGGCAACGGGCGUCCCAGUGGCGGCGCGCCCGAGCAGAAAGCCUCUCCAGCCAAACUGCGCAAGGAGCGCGAUUCGCGGACAGAGAGUACGACUGACGACGAAGGCAGCAAGGACAAGAAGAAGAAAGGCGGUGUACUCGCUGGUUUGUUUGGACGCAAGAAAGAUAAGAGCAAGGACAAGAAUAACGCUGGGGCUAGCUCGGACAACGGAAGCCUCGCCAGCGGUGGCAGUGUCGAUAACAUAUCCAGCAGGAAUUCUGGCGAGUCUGGUCGCUCUAGCAGCCAACAACACUCGGACGGCUCAUCGCCGGUCACUUCCAGCGCUAGACAGCAGCAACAACAGGCGAUACUGCAGGCCAAGAACUCCGCCGACCCUCGUCGCGCUCAAGGCCAAGCUCAACAGGGUGCCCAAGGCUCCAUUCAUCCGCAGAUCUCUCAACAUGCCACGCAGCUGCGUCAGCGUGACCAACAGCAACAGGCUCUGUACCAGCAAUAUCUCAACCGCUCGCCCGCUUCGCCGCCGGAGGCCCAGCCGUCGUAUGGUUUGCAGUCUACGUCUGCCAUCAUGGGCUCCAUGUCGUUCAGUUCUACCACGAGCUCAAGCAGCGGACUCACUGCGGGUGGCCGGCCCCGCCCUGGAUCACUUGUUCUUUCGCCGGGUGGUAUGGAUGGUCAAGGGGUCGGUCUGCCCGACCUCAGCGUUAUCCGUGUCUUCGCCGGGGAGAACCUGCAAACAGAAGCAACGUUCAAGACCGUUCUGCUCAACUCGUCGACCACAGCCUCAGACCUUGUUCGCCAGGCAAUUCAGCGAUUCCGCCUUCCUACCGGCGACGGCGACAGCGACUACUAUCUCACGAUCAAGCAGGUCGAGGGCUCAUCUGCUCAGCUCAUGUCGCACGAAAGGCCGCUCGGCGUGUUUGAGUCGCUCGUCGAGGCCGCGAUGGAGUUGCCCAAGGUGAAGCGUAGCAGCGUGGGAAGUAUCAGCUCCGUGGCAAGUAACCUCUCGAUGCACCCCGCAAUCAAGAAGCUUCCUAUGAACGAUUUUACGGACGACUCCGCGGUCAAGUUCUAUCUAAACCGCAAGCGUGGGGAGAAGGAGGAGAGCAUCACUGGUGACGACGGCGAGGACACCCUCAUGGCUGAAAGUGUAGAGGACGACAUGGGCUCGCCGCGUUCGAAUCACUUCUUGUCAAUCAGUGGUGCAACUGUUACGCCCGAACGGUUUAGUUCGCCCUCCGUCCGUUUCGCUUUGCAACUGGUGAUCCAUCCAGAAGACUUGCCAGACGACAUGGUCUUUGACCCACUCACAGAAGCGAUCGUCUUCAAGGAUACGCUACGCGACCGCCCGGGGGACAUCAUCUCGUCGCCUGGUAUCUCGCAGACUCAGCGCAAGAAGAUCUUCGUCUUCCCGAAGAAUGCCACGGUUGCUGAGGUAAUUGAACAUGGCUUGGAACGCUUUGGCAUCGCUGAGGGCGUCGUGGACGGUGGGGACGAGGUCGAAGACAAGCCUGCGAAACGACGCAGCUCGUCCCGUGUCCGCUACUGCCUCGCAGUGGACAUCCACGGUUCCGAGAAAGAGCUGGCCCCGACGAGCAAGGUCAUUGACGCGUACCCAAGACCGCCGGCAUAUAGGCGCUCUGUUGAUAGCAAGCGUCGCUCUGCUGACUCAGCGAUGCUCUUGAGUAGCUCAGAAGACAUUGGACCUGACGAUCCUAUCUUCAUACUACGUAGAGCGGUAGCUUACCGACCCUCUUCCCGUCGUUUGUCGGCACCUCUCGAUGAGAUUGCCCUGCAGAAGCUUCAUCGUGCUUCACUGAGCAUCUCCAGCAUCGCAACUGACUCGACUACGGGGCCGGAUGAGCCCAAGAAGCAGAUGUCCAAACAGGAGAUCAUUGCUGCUCAGCGCGCCGCGACGCGUGCGAACCAGCGUGCGAUCCUGUCUGCCCAGGCGAAUUCGUCCCGCGGUCUCGACGUGCUACUCCCUGGCAAUGCUGGCAUGAUCCGCAGCUCGCGCCACGAACUUGAUGAUCGCAUGCGAUACUCGUACAUGGAUGCCAGCGGUACGAUGUACGACAUCAGUGACAUCGUCGAAGUCGAGUGGCAGAGCGAGGUCGGUUCUAACGGGAGCACCACUCAAAGCGAUUUGCUACACGGCGUCAUCAGUCGUAGCAAGGAUGGCCUCGGUGCCAAACUUGAUCGCGUGCUGAGCCAGGUCAGACAGCCGAGAGCUGCCCAGCAUACUCCACAGCCUGUAUAUCGCGAUGGUACCGACUCCAUUGGGACGCCAUCAGUAUACUCUACGGCUGAAGGCGGGCCUAAUACCUCCCGCUCUGCGACUCCUAAUGCGCAAACGAUGAAUGCCAGAUCACCUACGCCCACCAAUACGGCUGUCGCCGCACGUGCUGCUUCACCUCUGUCACGCCUUUCCAGCUACCGUACCACGAGCGAAGGGGCGUCUGACGGCCGUCGUACCGCUAGCCCCUCAUCCAGCCCCCACAAGGCAGCCAGACCUUCCCACGACCGCCAACAGUCUCUGGCAUCUGUCAUGUCUGACUCGUCGUCGUACCGAGGCCAGUCGCCGCACCGGAGUCAGUCGCCGCCGACGCCGCGUGCGUUCAACCGCGCGCCAUCGGCGACGAAGUCUCAGCGCAUGGUGCUACCGAAAGACGAUUUCGGACUGGCACAAAUGCUCGCGAUCAUUGAGUCCAAAGACAUGCCCGCAACUAGGGCAGACCUUCCGCCGCUGGACCCGGUGGACGAGCUGCUCUUUGGCAGAGAAAUAGAUCUCGAGACACUUCAUCCGCAGAUCCGCGAUAUUUAUUCUAGUACCUUCAAGCAGCUGGAAGAGAUGGACUAUUCUCUCGACGAACUUCUUCAGUAUGUUGCUCACGCAUUUUGACCCGCUCUACGUCAUAAUUGGAAUUAUUUAUCCGUUGCACCUACCACAAUGUGCUUUCUUUAUCUAUUUAUUGCUUAUUCC